AUGUCCAAAAGCCCGGCACGGAACCCGUCGGAUCCAGCAUCUUCCGAGCAAAUCAUGGAAGCAGGAUUCCCGCUCGGAAAACAUCGGCUUUUUUCCCGCCCGUUUCCCAUCAUAUCCGAUCGGAAAUCGCACGAAAACAACGGGAAAUCACCGCGACCUUACGAUGCAAAUCCCACACUCGGGGACCGUCCGGAAACCAACAGAACCUAUAAACGCUUCCACAACCAGUUGAAUCCGCAACUUUCCGAUACUUUUCCGCCCACAAAUACUCCCUAA